CCUGAGAUAUCACAUGUUAAACUGAAUUUCAAUUGUUGAUAAACAUCUGACGGAGUUUUAAAUUUUUUGUUUCUGUAUUGAUUUAAUAAUCUAACAAAUUCCUUACUAUUAUCUUAAUUGUUCUUUCCAAUUUCCAAUUUUCUAUUCUUCUAUCUGCCUUAUAUUAAUUAUGGGUUCGCUGGCAAAGACCAAUAAGGCAUUUCAACGUCUUCAUCGAGAAAGACAUCAGCCGGACAGUCGAAAAAAGUUCGGGUUCCUCGAGAAAAAAAAGGACUACAAAACCCGUGCUCUAGAUCAUCAAAAAAAAGUGAACACUAUCAAACUUUUGAAAGAGAAAGUAGCUAACAAGAAUCCAAAUGAAUUUUAUUUUCAUAUGAUGAAUUCACAGCUUGUUGAUGGCAAACACUUUGAAAAAAGAAAGGACACUGAAAAUGUGAAAGAAAUAGAGGAUAAAAAUAUUAAAUUUCUAAAUUGGCGCCGAGGAAUUGAACUGAAAAAGAUCGAAAAAUUGCAAUCACAAUUACAUUUUAUAGACGUUGAUGAUAAACCAGCAAAUAAACGUAUAAUUUUCAAAGAGGAAGGACCAAAAAGAAAGUUAAAAGCAAUCGAAGUUAAACCCGGAGAAAGCUCUAAACCAUCUCAAUCCAAUGAUUCACCUAAGCUUGAUCAACUACCCAUCAAUUUACCUAGUAAAGUAAAUAAGAAAAUGCUAGCCAAAUUGGCAAAGGACAAAAACAAAGCUUAUACGAGGUUAAUGAAUGAGAUUGAAAAAGAAAAGCUUUUAAGGAAUCUUAUAGAGAAACGUGAUUUCAAAUUACAAAAACCUAGAAAAUCAAAAAUGGAUAAAUUUAAUGAAAUUGACUAAACUAUAUCCAAUAAAUUAUUUUUCGCUAUA